AUGGAUAAGGAUGAUCGAAGCAGUAGCGCCUGUGAUGGAAAGCAGCACGCAGCAGCUUCAUCUUCAACCAAUCAGUCCGGCACUGGUACCCCGACGCCGCAACAGUCUCAAAAUCAAGCGCAGAUACAAGCAGUUGAUGACGGACCGCAGGAAUUUGUUCCAGGAAAGAAAUGGGAAUGGCGGGAUCCCAAUAAGGUGACUUUUUUUUUUCUUGUAGCAGAUUUGUCGUUGGCUUACAGUAUCCGGAUAAAUUUUUGGGAUGGCAUGUGUUUAAUUUUUAUGCAUUUUUGCAGUACAAAAACACAUAUUUGA